UCAAUUAUGGUGAGAAGAUUAGAAUAAGCUGUUUAAUUAGUCAGGUUCAAAAUUAUUUACAUGUGUUUUCCUGAAUUCUUUCUUCUCUGGUACAACCCAUAGUGAAUGAUCCUUCUUAUGUGCUGUUAAAAGUUGUAGCAAUUACCAAUUAUUGUAGUACCUGAAUUAUGCUUGUCCCUUUAGACCUCCACUCCCCUCUCCUCCCUGCCCACAUUGCUCCUGUGAUACCUACUUUGUUGCAGUAUUCAACCAUUGUGUUUGAAGCAGGUUUGCUUACUUAUCUGUCUAGCCCACUAGAACUGGGUUUAUUAAGGUAACAAGUUUAAUCUUUGUAAUUUACAGCAUUUAGCACAGUCUUGGCACAUGGUAGAUAACAGACAUUUUAACAUAUUAAUUUCUAUGAAAUUUGGAGUUGUAAUAAACUAUAAUGAUUCUUGCUAGAAUGCUAAUUUACUAUUUACAGACUUAUUUUGAAAUAUUAGUAUACUUGGGUAACAUCUUGGUCUUCUCAAUUAAUUUGCCUUUUCCAAAAUCAAGCAGUGGUCUGGGGUUAUAUUUCAUGGAACUUCUUGGCUAGAAUAAAGGCACUGUUUAUGUUUUAAGUUCAUUGGUGACCAUAUCGGUGAAACUUUCUGUUUGUAAUAAUAAAAGUUGACCAUAGGUGGUCCCUAACUAAAACAAGUAAACAAAACUUGAGCCCAAGAAGAAUGGGUGAUAAUAAGAUUGCCAGGUGGCCCCUUUGCCAUCUCUAUCUCUGCCAGUAGCCCACUGCUACUGCUCUCCAGGAGUAGGUAAAGUGAAAAAAAUGGUACCAUUUCAGGGAAGCUCAGCAUGGAAGAGACUCCCAAACUAGUUAUGUGGGCUUGCGUCUCUGAAUCAUAGAGCUGCAAUGCCCACUCCUCACACCUUCUCCAUACUUCUGUGGUUGCUUUGUUACUUAGAGAUUCUUAUUAGGUUUGUAAGCUUUGAGGAGCUUUCACUCAUCACUUACUAAUUUCUGGAUAGAAUGGUUCUUGAUUAAGAGGAGAAGAAAACAGAUGAUACUUAAGAACAUAGUGCUGUGGUAGAGGGUUGUUUGGGGUUAUAUUACAUCUCUGUGGGUCCUGGGAAGAGAAUAUGGGAGAGUUGGAAAAGGAUCAUAGGGAUAGGAUGUGGAGCAUGCCGAAGACAAAACUUAUCUGUUGUAAAAUUUUGCCCAGUAAAAGACGAAGGAUUCCACUUCCGUAAUCCCCCAUGUCUUGCUCUGUCUCAUUCAUUCAGCUACAUUUCUGGGUGCUGCCUGAUAUCCCAACCUUUAAGGUUUUUAGUCUAAUUUCAGUAUCAUGGGACAAGUGCUCUGACACAUUCAGGAUACAGAGGUUGACAAAAGUGGGAAGAGUCCUGCUGGGAGGUAGAAGGAAUAAUUGAAGAAAGCUUAGUAGAGAAGAUACAUGAUCUGGGUCUUGAAGUACAAGUAGAAACUCCAGCCAGGCUAAAGUGAUGGAAGGAUAUUCUUGACAGAAGGAACGGUGUAAAAGGAAUAAAGUCAGGAAGCAGUAGGACUUUUGGGGAACUGUAAAUUGUAGUAUAUAAAUGGAUGGGAUGUAAGGUUAUUGAGGGGCUAAUUAUUGCCAUUGGUAAAAAGCAGAUGGCAUUAACAACUGGGCAAGGCCAGAUUCUGAAGGAUUUUACAUGUCUUGUAAUUAGUUUUGAUUUUGCCCUUGGAGCCCAAUUCCCUGUGGUAGAGAAAUACAUAGAAUAUUGUGUUUAAUAAAAGUUUUCAAAGUCUUGCUACAGAGAGACCUGCUUAUCUUUAACCCAGUAUUUCUUCAAUUUAUAUGAACAGGUGGUGCCUUUAAAGUUUUAUUUUUAUUUUUUAUAUUGGAGGCAUUCAUUUAUCAAUUUGGGAUAUGAUGCUAACACACAAUGGGAAGCUACAGAAACUUUAAGCAGGUGGAGAAAUGGUCAUAUCCAGUUUGUGUAUGGAUUUGAUUUGAUGCCUAUGUUUUGUAAACUAAAAAUCCCUGUACAGAUAUCAGUUAAAAUGAUUGUGGCUUUUUGUAUCAAAUACAUUGUUGUUGUUGUUUUUUUAAAUCCUGAAUACUGGAUUAUAAGGAUGACCGUAGGAAAUUUGAAAGUUAAGAUUUUUGUGAUGGUUGUACCAUGGGUAAGGUCAUUGUCUUCUUCAGUGACAAUUUAUGUUGCUGUACUUUUAAAAUAUUUGUUGCAUAUAAAUGUUAAGGAUUUUGUACUGCCUUUCUAUGCAUAAGUUUCAAAUUGGGAAAAGGAGUAAAGUGGAAGAACACAAAUUAAGUAAUUAAAAAACAAACAAACCUGGCUCUCAGUUACAAUUACAAGUUUGCAGAGAUUGUACUUUUAGUACAGAAUAGUUUCCUAUUUAUUUUGUGCUGCUUUGUGAUUGGGUCUUUAAAUCACAGUGUUCUGAAAGAGUGAAAUGUGAACCAUACUACAGUAUAGAUCAUGAAAUGAAGCUAAUUUUCUUGCAAAUAUAAUACAAUAUAAGUGAACCAUACUGAGUUAAUGAAAAAAAUUAUUUUUAAGGUUUGCUGCUAAUAAGGAACAUGUACAUCUCUAAAAUCUAUGUGUAACUCUUUGAAAUACUUGAAGACUCAGAAGUUUAAUUUCUGGAAAUUUUAUCUAUCUGGUUCUUCCCCUCUUUUCUUUACCCCUUCCUGUUUUACUCCCUCCCUCUCCACCCCUUGCUCACCCUAGGUCUUCCUCCUGCUCUCAACCUCUGCCCCUUUACUUAGGUUAUUGACUGCAGUUUUCAGUCUAACUCAUAGUUGGCUUCAUAUGAAUGUUACGUGGAACAAGAGGAAUUUUCUGCACUGUAAGAUUUUAAGACUCAUUAGUUUAUGUACCACCAUGAAAGAAAAAAAUUAAGAUACAGUGUUUUGUCUCUUGGAAUCAGCAAUUUAUGCUUCUUUAAAGAGUUCUUUUGCCUCCCAGUCCCCGUCCCCCAAUAUCUCUCUUCUGCUUGUAUAAAAAGGAAAAUGUAAACAAAAUAAAUUGAUUUAAGGCAUUCGUAAAACCUCUACAUUCAUAGCCCCACUCUGCUGAGUCACUUUCACUAUCUGGUCUGCUGUUUUGGUACUUUAAUGUGCAUACUACUGCGUUUUGUUUCAGUAUGCAACUACAUUAUGAUCUUUUUAAGGACUUUUAAUUAAUUUAAACUCAACAAUGUUCUGCCAACAAGGCACAUAAGUGAAGUGACAAUACUCUGAGCAGUUGAGACCAGCUUUGAGCAUGUGCAUGCAGUUACCACUGUCACUUGUUGACAGCUAAGAUUUCAUCAAAGGUACAUCCUGAUUUUAGCUAUAUUAAAGUGUGAAAAGUAUGAGUCUUAGAAUUUGUGAAUGUCUAGAUUUCAAAGACUUUAAAUUGUUUAUUGAAAUGUCAAGCAAGUUGUGAGGGAUUUUGAUUAAAAACAUUACAAUUUAAAAGAAGUAGUCACUAAUUUGCUUUAAAAUGGAAGAAACAUCCAUUUAUACAUUAAUUAACAAAAGCCUCACCUUAUCUUUUCACUUGAAAGUAUAAUUUUUAGCUUGGGAAAAUUACAGUCACUUAUCGAUUUGGUUGUACACAAUCUAUUAUUGGAGCUCAUGAUUUGUUGAUCCUAUAAUAUUAAAUGUCCAUGCCACACAAGUUUUUUUUGGCUUGUUUUAAAGUACUCUUUAUCUGUUCCAAGUACAUGUUUUUGCUUUUAAGUACCCCCUCUCACCUCCAAAGAAAAACCUCAGAACUCUUAUACUCUUAUUUCAUAAUAAGCCUGACAAUGCAGAGGAAUUGUAUUUGGCUCUGCAAAUACAUACCUUCUAAAAUAAUGGUAACAGUUUGGUGUGUAUCUUACACUUUUCUCUUUUUACUUUAAAAAUACACAUCCACAGAGUGUUUUGGUUCUUGUUACAAAAAUGUUAUGUUAGAUAAUACUUUUUUCCUCUCUUUAUAGAUUAUGAAUAAUAUCUGUCUUGUUUGAGACACACAGAUUUAACUCAUUCUCCUUAAUUCCUUAAGUUAUUCAUCUAUUCUAAUAUUUAUAAAUAUUCAGGUUUUUCUAGUUUAAAAAAGUUUUUUUUUCUGCUAGUAACAGUGCUGCAGUCAGUGUACAUCUUUGUACAUACAUAUGUGAUAUGGAUUUUAAAAUUGAGAGUGUUGGGUCACGGUUUAUUUGGAUAAUAGAUACUGCCAAUUGAUAUUCCAAAAAGGUAGUACAGAUUCACACUCACCAGGAACGUACAGCAGUGCUCCUUGUCUGUCUUUAAUUUUUUUUUUUUUUUUUGCCACUUUGAUGGGCAAGUCAAGUUUUACCACAUAGAUCUUGUUCACUAGUAGGUUCAUGUGCUUUUUAAUUGUUACUAUUCUUCCCUUCCCUGUUUUACAGUAUUGUAAGAUCCCUAAAUUCUAGUUUCAGAUGAUUGUGAAUUUGGGAGUAAUCUAUAUAAAGGGAAUAAUAAUAUUCUUGCCUCCCCCCAUCCCCUUAUCAUUUGUUUUGUGUUUGUUGAAUGUCUUAUUUUUCCAUUGAGACACAUGAAAUGGGCUCUAUUAUAUAGGCAAACCCUACUAUUCCAUAUCAGCAUUUCAAGUGGUACUAAAAAAUCUCAUAUAUGACUUCUCAUCUUUAAUCACUCCUAAUCGCCUUGGAUAACUGCAGCUACUCUUUUUCAUGACUUGUGAAUGUCAAUUUAAUUUCCUUACCAAUGUUGGAAUGUCACCUAGUGGUGAAAGAGUGCAGCAGCAGGCUAUAUACAAAGGCAGUGCUUGUUUAGGUCACAAACUUUCAUGGCUGGACUAUAUCAUAGGAAUUACCUAUAACAACUGCCUCAUUUUAGUUGGGAGGGAGUUGAGCCCAAGACAGGUGAAGGAACUUGCAGAAUAUUUCAUGUUGAAUUAAUUGUCAUUUUAGGACAAGCUCGAACAGACUCUUGAUUUCAGUGCUCUUUUCAAGUUUGUUUUGUUAGUUUGUUCAGUUUGUAUUGUCUGCAGAAGUUAUAUAUCUCUUGUUGUUAUCAUAGCGAUGACUGUAGUGUAUAUCUGCUCAGUUAAUACUUAUAGAUGAAUCAGUUUGAUGAAAUCAUUUAUAAUUUUUUGCUACUUAUGCUGUAUCACCAGUUGGUAGGUCUUUUCCUCAGUUGGACCAGAAUGUAGAGGAGCUGUAAAAAUAAUUAACCUGUAGCCUUAUAGAAGUGUACUUAAUAAAGAAGUUUUCAAAAUCACUACUCUCUCUUUCCUGGGAUUAAAAUAAUUAAGAGUGAGAUCUAGGCAUAGAGAAUGGUUAGAUACGGCUCCAUGAAGUGUUUUGGAGGUUCCUACGGACCUAGGGUUGACCAUACAUUGUAGAAUUAGAAGUUUAUCCAUAUGCUCAGACAGCUAUUCAACUCUCCUUCCUUCCUUACAUUUUUUUUUUCAUUCAACUAUUUAUUUUUAAAUAUUUGACAUAUGCAGAUGGUAAAAGUAUUCAAAGAGCACUAAAGUCUCUCCCUUACCCUACUGCAACCCAGAGGUAGUGUCACCAAUUUAUCUAUACUUUUGGCUUUUGAUUAUCUUAGGGGCAGGUCUGCCAGUUUUCUUUAUAGGUCCUUUUGGUUCUGCAAGUUUUGAAUAUUCCAUCUAUAAGACUGGUCCUAUUAGUGUGAUUCUCAUGUUUCCUUUUGCCUGCUGCAGCCUUUUCCAUAACAUUUUGAAAUCUAUGUAGCUAUUAUAAUGGUUUUGUAAUUCUCAGUCCUUGAGUGUGGAGUUUGAAAAGUCACAUACAUAAGAACGAUUUAAGGGGAAGCAUAAAAGUUUUAAAGGAUCAAAAUAGCUUGACUAAUUGAAAUAGAAAAUCUCAUUUAUGUUAAAUAGAUAUUUACAAAAUGCAGACUGUUUAUUAUAUUGUAUAUAAAUGAUUUUUUGUUACACAUAUCUUCUUUUAAAAAGAGGAUGUAAAUGUAAAUAUCAUUUGUCAGUCAAGGCACCUUUUCCCUUUUUAUACUAAGUACCUUGCAAUUAACUGUAAUACUCAGAACCACUGUUUUUGCCCAAUGACAGUCUUACGAUGUGGCAUUUUUCUGGGGAAAAAAAAAGGUUGAUUUUUUUUUUAAUUAGAAUAUAUAUUAGAAGUGAUAAAAGAUCUACAGAAGAAUGGUAUAUAGUGCAGGCUAUGUUUUAACUCGAUAUUCUUAAUAUUGAUCCUAAUACAAGUAAUUACAUUAUCUUUUCUAAUUAUAAGUUUUUUUUGUUAUACCUAUCACAUUGUUUUGUAACAUACAAAAAAACAUAAUUAUACAAAGACUGCACUUUACAAAUGUAAAUACAAUCUUGAUUUGGUGUAUAUUGGAUACAAUGGUCUUCCUUAAGCCUAAACACAGAAACAAAAGCAUGUAUUAUAAGAGAAAGUCCAAGAUGGGAAGUGAUAAAAUGGGUAUUGAGUAGAGCUUUGUUAAAAUUUAGCUGGUAUACUUGUAAAAUUUCCAUGUAUUCAUUAAAUUAUAUUAUGUCAUUCUUAUUGUUAGGAGCUGACUUGAAGUGUUAAAUUUUGCCCUCAUUAAGAGCUGUCACAAUUUGGUUUCUGUAGUUGGGAGAUUCAGAUAUUCUCUCUUUUUAUAGAAAUGUAUGAAUAUUGAAACUGAGGUCUUCAAUAACUAGAAUUAGAAUUGUAUAUUAGAACAUUUUAUUUCAAUUGCAAAAGGUGGAAUUGUAGAAGGCCAUCUUGUUUUGUGGAUGCUACAAAUUUGAAAAUGAAAUAGUAUUUCAGAAUGCUGGCUGUGCCAUUUAUACUUCAGUAUCUUUAAAACAAUCUGUACUGCAUGGUCCUUGACGAUGGGUUUUUCAAGUAUUUAUUUAACAUAAUUCAAUAUGUUCCAUUCUCAGAAAACCAUCUAGACCUAUAAUAUAAAACAAAGUGAGGCUGAUUGACCAUUCAACAAUACAAAGUAUCUAAAAAGUUUUAGCACAGUUCUAAUUUUAAUAACUCCAAAAGUAUAUAUGCUACAAACUAACAAAAAACAUUAUUGAAAGUGUAAUUAUUUAAAUUUCUUUUAUAUUUAGUUUUGUGAAUUUUGAAUCAUGCAUUUUUCAUUUUAAUAUCUUCAGUCCCUCUGAAAAUGGCAAAUAGGAUAUAAGCUAUAACUCUUAGCCUAGGCUAAAGACUAUAUUCAUAGUUCUUAGAAAUUUGUGUAAUAGGAAAAAAAUAAGACAACUUAAAAUGAAAUGCAUUUUAGUGAGAUUUAUUUCUGAUAGUUUCAUGUGUCCUGUACUGCUUUUUUACUCACGUAACAAAUCAAGUUCAUUGUAAAUGCAAGGAAGGGUUUGGUCAAGCACAAUAGCCUAUAAGCUCCUUGCUAUUUAGAUAACAUCAAGGCUAAGACAUGCUCUCUGUGGAAUUGGCCUUCAGUGAGCCAGCUAGAUAUGACUGAUCCAAAGAAUAGGCACUCUACCAGCAGCAGUCAGAUGACAGAAGGGUAUAUCCACUUAAUAUACCACUUAAAAUCAGUGAAUUAAAAAAUCCUAAAUUUUAAUGUCUUAAUCAUUUUGAAAGCAGUUUGAAAAGAACCAAAACAGAACUAUCUGGCAGAAGUUCUCAGUUGAAUGGAUUUUUAUGCUUAUUUAUUAUUAAGAGCCAGCUUUUGAAAUCUUGCUAAUACCAGCAAUUGGAAAGAAUGAUGGUAUAGUCCUGUUGGUAAGCAAAAUUUCUUUGUUUUCUGUGGUCUAGAAAUUGACUGGAUUAAAAAACAAGUGCUCUCCAGCAAACCACCACAAAAUACCUCUGAUUUGCAAAGGUGGAGAAGUACAUCUAUAUUUCCAGGCAAUGGAUGAAAACACACAAGUGAAGAUAAAUUAGAGUCAAAACUCUACAGUAAAAUUAUCUUCACCUUUUCUGAAGCACAAAACAUUUCAAACCACUGUAGAUAUGGACAAAGAAGAAAGGAAGACUAUCAACCAGGGUCAAGAAGAUGAAAUGGAGAUUUGUGGUUAUAAUUUGUGUCGCUGGAAGCUUGCUUUAGUUUCUCUAGGGGUGGUUUGCACUGGUGGCUUUCUCCUUCUCCUCCUCUAUUGGAUGCCUGAGUGGAGGGUAAAAGCGACGUGUAUUAGAGCUGCAAUUAAAGACUGUGAAGUGGUGCUGCUGAGGACUACUGAUGAAUUCAGAAUAUGGUCUUGUGCAAAAAUUCGCUUUCUUUCUCUGGAAAAUCACCCAUUUUCGAGUCUAAAAUCUAUAGCUAAUAACAUUUCAAAUGGCAGUUCUGUUCAUUUAACUGAGAAUCUGGCUGAAGAAAAUAGACAUGAGAUGAGCAAAUAUUCACAGACUCAAUCACAACAGAUUCGUUAUUUCACACACCAUAGUGUAAAGUACUUCUGGAAUGACACCCUACAUAAUUUCGAUUUCUUAAAGGGACUGGAUGAAGGUGUUUCUUGCACAUCAAUUUAUGAAAAGCACAGUGCAGGAUUGACAAAGGGGAUGCAUGCCUACAGGAAAUUGCUUUAUGGAGUAAAUGAAAUUACUGUGAAAGUGCCUUCUGUUUUUAAGCUUCUAAUUAAGGAGGUUCUCAACCCAUUUUACAUUUUCCAGCUGUUCAGUGUUAUAUUGUGGAUCACUGAUGAAUACUAUUACUAUGCUGUAGCCAUUGUGAUUAUGUCUUUAGUGUCAGUCAUAAGCUCACUAUAUUCCAUUAGAAAGCAAUAUGUUAUGUUGCAUGAUAUGGUAGCAGCUCACAGUACUGUAAGAGUUUCCGUUUGUAGAGUAAAUGAAGAAAUAGAAGAGAUCUUUUCUACAGACCUUGUGCCGGGAGAUGUCAUGGUGAUUCCAUUAAACGGGACUGUCAUGCCUUGUGAUGCAGUACUUAUUAAUGGGACUUGCAUUGUAAAUGAAAGCAUGUUAACAGGAGAAAGUGUUCCAGUGACAAAGACUAAUUUGCCAAAUCCUUCAGUGGACAUAAAAGGAAUGGGUGAUGAAUUGUAUAGUCCAGAAAUACAUAAACGACACACUUUGUUUUGUGGGACUACUGUUAUUCAAACUCGUUUCUACACUGGAGAACUUGUCAAAGCCAUAGUAGUUAGAACAGGCUUUAGUACUUCCAAAGGACAGCUUGUCCGUUCCAUAUUGUAUCCCAAACCAACUGAUUUUAAACUCUACAGAGAUGCCUACUUGUUUCUACUAUGCCUUGUGGCAGUGGCUGGCAUUGGGUUUAUCUACACUAUUAUCAAUAACAUUUUAAAGAAGGUAGAAGUUGGAGUAAUAAUUAUCAAGUCUCUUGAUAUCAUUACAAUUACUGUGCCACCUGCACUUCCUGCUGCAAUGACUGCUGGUAUUGUGUAUGCCCAAAGAAGACUGAAAAAAAUUGGUAUUUUCUGUAUCAGUCCCCAAAGAAUAAAUAUCUGUGGACAGUUGAAUCUUGUUUGUUUUGAUAAGACCGGAACUCUUACCGAAGAUGGUUUAGAUCUUUGGGGUAUUCAACGAGUGGAAAAUACACGUUUCCUUAUGCCAGAAGAAAAUGUUUGCAAUGAAAUGUUGGUGAGAUCUCAGUUUGUUGCUUGUAUGGCUACUUGCCAUUCACUUACAAAAAUUGAAGGAGUGCUUUCUGGUGAUCCUCUUGAUUUGAAAAUGUUUGAAGCCAUUGGAUGGAUUCUGGAAGAAGCAACUGAAGAGGAAACAGCACUUCAUAAUCGAAUUAUGCCCACUGUGGUUCGUCCUCCAAAACAACUGCUUCCUGAAUCUACACCAGUAGCAAACCAGGAAAUGGAGCUGUUUGAACUUCCAGCUAUUUAUGAGAUUGGAAUUGUUCGCCAGUUCCCCUUCUCUUCCGCUUUGCAACGUAUGAGUGUAGUUGCAAGGGUACUAGGGGAUAAGAAAAUGGAUGCCUACAUGAAAGGAGCACCUGAGGUCAUUGGCAGUCUUUGUAAACCUGAAACAGUUCCUGCUGAUUUUGAGAACGUUCUAGAAGAUUACACUAAACAGGGCUUCCGAGUGAUUGCUCUUGCACACAGAAAAUUGGAGUCAAAACUAACAUGGCAUAAAGUACAGAAUAUUAACAGAGAUGCCAUUGAAAACAACAUGGAUUUUAUGGGACUAAUUAUAAUGCAGAACAAAUUAAAGCAAGAAACACCUGCAGUACUUGAAGAUUUGCAUAAAGCCAACAUUCGCACUGUUAUGGUCACAGGUGACAACAUGUUGACAGCUGUCUCUGUGGCUAGAGACUGUGGAAUGAUUCUACCUCAGGAUAAAGUUAUUAUUGCUGAAGCAUUACCUCCAAAGGAUGGGAAAGUUGCCAAGAUAAACUGGCAUUAUGCAGAUACCCUAACACAGUGCAGUCACUCAUCAAUUGACUCGGAGGCUCUUCCAAUUAAAUUGGUCCAUGAUAGCUUAGAGGACCUCCAAGUGACUCGUUACCAUUUUGCAAUGAAUGGAAAAUCGUUCUCAGUAAUACAGGAGCAUUUUCAAGACCUUGUUCCUAAGUUGAUGUUGCAUGGCACUGUGUUUGCACGUAUGGCGCCUGAUCAGAAGACACAAUUGGUGGAAGCUUUACAAAAUGUAGAUUACUUUGUUGGUAUGUGUGGUGAUGGUGCAAAUGAUUGUGGUGCUUUGAAGAGGGCACAUGGAGGUAUUUCCUUAUCAGAGCUUGAGGCUUCGGUGGCAUCUCCCUUUACCGCCAAAACUCCUAGUAUUUCCUGUGUGCCAAACCUUAUCAGGGAAGGCCGUGCUGCUUUAAUGACCUCCUUCUGUGUGUUUAAAUAUAUGGCUUUGUACAGCAUUAUCCAGUACUUCAGUGUUACUCUACUGUAUUCCAUCUUAAGUAACCUUGGAGACUUCCAGUUUCUCUUCAUUGAUCUUGCAAUCAUUUUGGUAGUGGUUUUUACAAUGAGUUUAAAUCCUGCCUGGAAGGAACUUGUGGCACAAAGACCACCUUCAGGUCUUAUAUCCGGGGCCCUUCUCUUCUCCGUUUUGUCUCAGAUUAUCAUCUGCAUUGGAUUUCAGUCUUUGGGUUUUUUUUGGGUCAGGCAACAACAUUGGUAUGAAGUGUGGCAUCCACAAUCAGAUGCUUGUAAUAAAACAGGAAGUCCGUAUUGGAAUUCUUCACACUUUUACAAUGAAACUGAACUUGAUACACAUAAUAUACAAAAUUAUGAAAAUACCACAGUGUUUUUUAUCUCCAGUUUUCAGUACCUCAUAGUGGCAAUUGCCUUUUCAAAAGGAAAACCCUUCAGGCAACCUUGCUACAAGAAUUAUUUUUUUGUUUUGUCUGUGAUUAUUUUGUAUGUUUUCAUAUUAUUCAUCAUGUUGCAUCCAGUUGCCUCUGUUGACCAGGUUCUUCAGAUAGUGUGUGUACCGAAUGAGUGGCGUAUAGCUAUGCUCAUCAUUGUUUUCGUAAAUGCUCUCGUGUCUAUCAUGGUGGAGAACUUCUUCCUUGACAUGGUCCUUUGGAAAGUUGUGUUCAAUCGAGACAAACAAGGAGAAUAUCGCUUCACCACUACACAGCCACCACAGGAGUCAGUGGAUCGGUGGGGAAAAUGCUGCUUGUCCUGGGUCCUGGGCUGUAGGAAGAAGAUACCAAAGGCAAAGUACAUGUAUCUGGCACAGGAGCUCUUGGUUGAUCCGGAAUGGCCACCAAAACCUCAAACAACAACAGAAGCUAAAGUUUUAGUUAAGGAUAAGGGAUCAUGUCAAAUCAUCACCAUAACAUAGCAGUGAAUCAGUCUCAGUGGAGUGCUGGAUACCAUUAUUCAGAAGGAUGUAAUUAUAGAACUUUCUGAUCCUAUGUGUCAGAGUGGCACCAUUUCAAAUUAUGUCCUUUCUAAACUUCGGGUUAUAAGAGCUGAUUUAGAGUUGUUUUAUUUUAAACAUACAAAAAAAAAAAAAAAAGGUAUUGGCUUAUCAGUUAAAUUAAUUAUCAUUCUGUAAAUUUCUAUAAGCCCUAAAUACCAUAUAUCUUUCCAGAAUAUUUUUGAUUGUUAUCCUUGUUGAUACUCUUUAUAUUGGGUGCAGAAGAAAGUUAGUAUUUGGUGGACUUGUAGACAUUAGCUUUUGAGGCUUGACUAACCCCUUUAUUUUUCAUGACCCCUUAUUAAAAAGAGUUAGUGUUUAUAUAUAAGGCCUAAAUUUGUGAUUAGAAAAAUAAAAUGGGUGUUAUUAGCCUCUGCAUUUUGGUUGAAAUCCUGUUUUCCAAUAUUUCUUCCAAAGAAAUGUACAUACCCUAGCAUAUCUUUGAUAGCCUAGAGUGAGGACUGAGUUUAUAUGAUGUUGCUGAGAGAAAACUCAGGUAAUCUCUACUUGUGGUUUUAUGUUUUAUGUAAGAACUGCCUGGGUUUUAUUUUUCUAAGCAGCAAGGUGCUUCACUGCCCUUCUUGAUGAGAUGUCCUUCAAAGCUAUUAAAUGAAUCUUGUGCUAUAUCUGGUGUCAGUAGUAUAAUUUGCUUAAAUUAUAUGUUAAUAGAACCUUUUCCCCUAGAAAAAAUAGAAUAUUUCUUUUGGCAAUAGGUAUAAUUAUAUCUUUCUCAUAUCUCUUCAUAUCCCCCCUUUCCUUCAUGGCUAUAUAUUAUUUUAAAUGUCAUUUUCUUUUCUUUACUUCUAUCUUCCUUUAACUAAUACACAUGGAUAACAAUGAGGUUUUUUUUUUUUUAGUUUCUUAGCAUUUUAAUUCUAAGAUUUUUAAGAUUUGGUGUAUGUCUCCUAUGAAUAAUGAGACUUAAAAAAAAGUGAAUUUUGAUGACUGCUAUGUUUUCAAAGCAGUUGAAUUUGGUGGCAGUUUAUCUUGUGCCAUUAGGUGGCACCAGAGGUCAGGUCUUAACCUACUUUGGAUUGGACAGUAUAGGUGUUUACAAGUGAGUGUAUUGGGUUGUGGAAAUUUCUGGAAGAAAAAAAUUGAAGAAAUAAAGUUAAAGAAUAGGCAUUCAUUGAGGCCAAAGAAGCGAGGAACAUAUUUUACACUUUUCUGUCUUGCCUGGCUAAUGCUUAAAUUCUAAACGAAAAUUAAAGUAUCUUUUAAAAUGACUUGAUAGGUAUGAUCUAGCAAUUUGGCAAAGCCCAAAGUUAUAAUAAACACAGGAAACUACUAUUGGUGUAAAAGGAUGUUAAACAAUUAAAACUAUGUGAAGUCAUCGUAUGUUCUUUCUAAACCAGUGGCACACUUGUGCUUUCUACUUCUAACUGAUGAUUAUUUUCCUGGUAUACAGAGGUCAUUUACCAAAUGUUAUGCAGAACGUUAGAGCCAAAUGGUUCUCAUCCUUUAUACUACAAAGACCUGACUGGUGUUUGGUAACUGUAGGAAAAUUUAAGUUACACUCAGGAUCACUGUUAUUGCUGUUGCCACUGAUGAUUCAUACAAAAGAUGUUGAAGUUUUCCAUCAAAAAGUAUACCAUACUAAUGCACAUUAGAUGAUAAAACAAUUAUUUCAUGAAUGAUUCUAUGAAGCUAUGCAUCUUAGACCUCUUGAGCUGUGAAUUAGCACUGUUUUCUAUAGUUACUUAUUCUCUUGAUUCAUAAUUUCUGUAUUCAUUUUCAAUAUGUACAAGUGGUAUUCUUAAGUGAUUUCCCAGAAUUGUAAAUUUUAUUCUUGGGUUUAAAUACUGAAGCAUAUGAUUAAAGUAAUUAAUAAGUAGCAGCUUAAAAACCCAAUUAUCAAAUUAUGUUUAACAUCUUUGAGAGCAUGAUCAUAAAUAGCUAUUUUUCAACCCUCUCUCCCCUUUUUUAACAUUUAGAGUUUAUAAGCAUUUUAUAUUUCAUCUGUCCAUUUUGUAUUCAAAGGAAUGAGGAUUUUAGGUAGGUGGAAGAAAGCGAUUUUAGGAAGUUAGAUUUGAACAUAGACAAGGUAGAUUGUUUUAAGUUGUAAUUGUUAGCUUCCAGAAUGUUGUUUGAAGAAUGUCUGUGCAUCCAGGUGUGGGUCCUACUCAGUGCCAUAGAUAAACUGAGUCCUCUAUUACAUAGUAAUUUUGAUUCUGAAUUUCACAUUAAAUUAUUUGAGUGUAUACAGGCCUAAAUUUUUAAAAAAUCUGUACAUAUAUUAUUUUGAUGUAUUAAGAUUAAUAAAUAUUGCUGAUUUAAAUUUUAUUUAUGCACAUAAUAAAGGACAGAAAUGUCCUGGAAAGUAAUUGUUAAAUAAUGAUAUGUAACUUUUUAACUUUUUAAAUAAAUAACAAGAUUUUUAAUGUGUGUCUCCCUCAGGGUUGUUUAAAGUUUUUUUUUCCUUCCCUCAAAUAUAAAUAGUGGUAACUAUAUGUUUUUUAUCUUCUAGCACCAACUGCUAUAAAGCAAUGCUGCAAAUAAUGCUUGAAUACAAGUUGCUAAGCCAACAACAAAAUAAAUACUUUUUAUAUUAGUUUUAUAAUCCUCAAAUUUGAAACCUUUUCCAAAUCUCACUUGAAUUUAAACUAAACUGUUGCAGUUUUUAACUCUAUUUAUUUUGUUUCCUGUGUUUAUGAAAGUACUGCACAGUUUCAAAGGCAUGGUAAAUAGUAUAUCAAUAUGUUUAUGUUCUCUGUUCCAAAAACAGCUAUAGAUGCAAUAUCCAGAGAAGAGCAAAAUUCAGGCUUUAGAGAACAUUCUAAGAUUCCAUGCAUGCAGUUUUGAGAUACCUGAAAACAGGUUUUGUGUAUUUAUGGUGGGAGGUGAGUGGGAACUUUUAAACGAAAAUGGGGUGUUAAUUUUUUGUACAGUCUGUGGGCAUUUACACCUAUUUUUAAUGUAUUAAAAUUUUGUAAUUAUGUGCACAUUAAAUUAAUAAACUAGUUACUCCUGUUAUGAUUUGUGAAUCCCUUAAACCUUGAAUUUUUUUAAGUAACUUUAUAUUAGAAAUGAUACUUCAUCUUUAUAUUUUUAAAAGUGUAUUGCUGCUCAAGAAUGGUACCCUGUUGCCAAAAAGGCAUACAUUCAUAAUUGUACACUCAGCAUUGUAAAUAAUCUUAUGAAAUCUUUUUUGAUUUAUGCUAUUCAAAAUAAAAAUUUAAAUGAAAUAAAAUUUCUUUCUCCUGUAAAUUUA